AUGUUAGAGGAACCACCUACUGAAAUUGCCCCCUCUACCUCCGUGCAAUCUCCCUCAAGGUCAGCCCAAAAAGCCCGCGAUGGCUAUUUUCAAUGUGGUUUCUGCAAGAAACACUAUAACCGUGCCGACCAUUUAAUCCGCCAUGUUCGGUCGCAUACCCGAGAGAAGCCCUAUGUGUGUCACAUUUGCAACAAAGGCUUCGCUAGACCGGAUCUCAUGAAACGUCACGCCGCAGGUCAUGAUCAACCCCGCGACGGCAAGAGAAAACGGCCGCCAGUCUUCGCCAAGAGUGGCCGUGUCUCCCAAGCCUGUCGAGCAUGCGCAACGUCAAAGCUCAAGUGUGACGAGGAGAAGCCUUGCCGACGGUGCCGAGACAAGAAGCUGGAGUGCGACUGGCAGGAGGCAAAUCCCGGCGAGAUGUCUCCCGGUUCAUCAUCGCAAGCAUACGAUGAGCCUGACGAGACCGAAAUGUGCCUCGAAACCCCUCAGACACAAGGCGUCUUUCCCUCGCCAGCACCCAUCAUGAAUGAGUUGCCGCCACCCAUCGACCCUACGUUCGCCACGCCGGAUUUCCCUGUCAGUAAUUUCCGGCCUCAGGCAGCUGAUUCGGCUCCGCUGGAGGAUCCACUGACCACCAGCUACGAUGCAAUUUCUCCCAGCCUGGACCACGAAAGUGGUAUCUUUAGCAUCGAUGGAACCUUUUUCCCGGAAUUCAUCCCCGAUUCUCUGAUCACCUCUCUCUCACGUCCGGAUCUGGAUCCGUUGUUGAACCACACCCAGGAGUAUGCUUAUGGGGUCUUCGACCAAAACAUACCAUUCAACUUCGAUCUCACCGAAAUAGACUUUGGACUUCUCGAAUACUUCAACUCCCAAGGGAUCACACAUCAUGCACCCCCCGCUCCUGAGGCACCCAAUGACCGGGUGGAUGUGGAGAGUGAAAUUGCGCUGGGCGCUGAAGCUUAUAAGCGUUCCUCGCUGUCCGCGUGGAAGCCUGCGCAGAGCGACAAUGCAUUUGCACACCAAGGCGAUCUUGCUGUUCCCGGGACUAUCGACAGCCCCGAUACAAGUCUUCGAUCCGAACGGAGAGUUCUUUCCGAACGACUGUCAGCAGGGAGCCGCGAUCUGAUUUUCGGGAUGGUGCUGCAGGCCAGCCAGAAAGCCAAUCCGCUUCGGAUCAUGAAGUCGUUUCCGAGCACAGAGCUUUUGGACGGGCUGAUACAGGAUUACUUUGCAUAUCAGAGCCGGCAGGUCGAUUCCUACAUCCACGGCCCAACAUUCCGGAUCAAUGAACAAAGCUCCGACACCCUUACCGCCAUCGCCGCCGCGGAAGCAACAAGGUCCACUAUUCCAACUAUCCGCAAACUGGGCUACGCACUACUAGAGAUCGUGCGACUGCAAAUCUCAGAUAAGUACGAAACUGAUAACCGGACGACUCGUGAUCUGCGAGCUUCUCAAACAUUCGCCUUGGUCCUAGAUAUUGGACUCUGGAGCGGGAACGGUCGAAGGACGGAGAUUGCGGAAAGUUUCCAACAGCCUCUACUUACGAUGCUCAGAAGAGCCCUAAGACUUCGACGAUCUGUGUAUACAGUAAUCGUCCCUAGUCUCGCAGAUACUCCGGAGGCACUCGAACAAAAGUGGCGGGAUUGGGCGGAGCUGGAGUCAUUCAAGCGACUGGUACACCAUCUCUUUCUACAUGAUGCUCAAGCCGCGCUGAUGCUGAAUGUCAACCCUCUCGUCUCGUACGCGGAGCUGGAACUUCCCCUUCCUUCUAUCCGGUCCUUGUGGGAAGCGAAGUCGUCAACGGAGUGGAGGGAUGCUUACCUGGCCUCCGGAUUGAUUGGCCGGGAGCGACUGCCAUCACUGGUCGAUGCUAUGAGAGACAUGUCCCGCUUGCAAACACGCGUUGAUUCACAAUUUGCUGGGUUCGUCGUCUUGCACGGCUUAGCAGCGAUGGUCACUGAGUAUCACCGCUUCAGUUUCAUCUCCAAGGGAAGCUCCAAGCACUGGAAUGGGCUAGUAAUCAGCUCUCGGCACCAGGAGCUAUCGCAGGCCCUGCAGCACUUCCGUAUGGUCUGUUACGAAUGGUCUGAGUUUCCUGGACCUGAGGUGUUCCUAGUCCAAGAAGUGAUCUCCAUGUUCUUGUAUAUGUCUCUCGAAGAACUUCAGCUCUUUGCUGGCAAGGAAGACAAAAGAGAGGCUCGUCGGGUGUACCACAGUGCCCUCGAAUGGAUUGAGAGCAGCGACUCGCGGCGCGCCGUGUGGCACGCGGGUCAAGUUAUUCGCGCCGCUAAAGCCAUGGCACCCGGAUCACUCACUGGGUUUCUGGCCGUUGGGGUGUACUACGCGAGUCUGGCCUUCUGGUCCUACAGUGUAGUCUCCAAAGCCAAGAGCGUGAAGUCGACCGGGCAGGCCGGUGGCAGCCGAUCGCUGGGCCUGAACCCCCGGAACAACCAAUUUCCCACUACGUAUCUCGACGGGGAAGAGACGACGGAGGUGCAGAAGUUCAUUUCGCUGGGAUGUGGAUCGCCGGCUUUACAGGGGCCACAGGGACCUGCAUUUGUAUCCGAUCCGAGACAGACAAUGGAUGUGGCGCAGGGGCUUCUGCGGGCGGAUGCCUCAAACGAAGCACUUCCUCCACUGGUCCAGGGGCUCUGUCAGUUGAUGGGUGAUUUGGGUAAAGCGGCCAAGUCUACGCAAUAAGUGAGA